CUCGACGCGCAUUAGCUUCAGAAGUCUUUAUUGCCAGCUAAAACAUGAUUUAAAACAUAUCGUUGACCUCACACCAGCCCGAUCAGCUCAAAUCCGAGCUCGAAAAUCGAAGAUGCCCGAUAUUGUGAGCUAUACGCCUGCUUGGCUUUCAAACCCUUCCCUCGGACACGAAAUAUUCACGCCAGCUCGUCCAAAGCAUGUCGAUGGGCGAGCGCCUUCUACGAGCAUUUCUGGUGGAAGCUCAAAAUACAAUGUGAAUCCGGGCCCAAAGAGAACUAUUGCCCGCCGUGGGGCGGAAGUCUUCGUUGCUGUUGGCAAGGAGAUCAGAUGGGCAGAUCUAGUUUAUGUGAAGGAGCUGUACGAAGUGAAGCUAGACAGAAAGGCCAGAGGGAAACGCGCCGAAGAUUUCUCCGAUGAUGGCAGCAGCAGCGAUGAUGCUGCCGAAGGUUAUAGGAUUAUCAAAACCACAGUAGCAGAUGACAUCAAACAGCUUGUUAUUUCCCCUCACGGCGACUACUUGGCUAUCCUUACCACACAUACAGUACAUAUCUCUGUUCUACCCGACUCCUCGCACUUGACGGGCCCCGACCGGAGUCCGCUACGACUGAAAACGUACACGUUAGGGCCUACAACUCAUGUCACAUCGCAAUCUGCCGUGAAAUCAGCACUGUGGCACCCCCUGGGUGUCAAUGGAACAUGCUUGGUUACCGUCACCGAAGAGGCAGUCGUGCGCAUAUGGGAACUUUCAACCACGGACAGAUGGUCCUUUGACAGACCGGCUCUGGCGAUCGACUUGAAGAAGCUCGCUGAUGGAACAUCCCUUGAUCAAGACUUUAGCGCCUCAAAAUUCGGUUCCAGCAAAAGAUUCUCCCCAGAUUCGGUCGAGAUGGAAGUGGCGUCUGCGUGUUUUGGUGGCAGGGGCACUGGUGGAUGGUCCCCCAUGACACUUUGGGUUGCAAUGCGGGAAGGUGAUGUUUACGCACUCUGCCCGCUUCUGCCGGAAAAGUGGGCGCCCCCUCCGACUCUAAUCCCGUCGUUGUCUGUGGCAAUCGUUGCAAAGGUUGCUAUGAUGGAAGACGACUUCGAUUAUUCGGAGGAUACGAAGCGAUUAAGCCAACAGCAACUUGCGUGGAUGUCUGACCUUGACAACCAAGAGCCUGUUACCGUGGAGGGUCCUGUUGGAGAAGAGCCGGCAGAUGUCUAUACUCGACCUCAAAAGCCUGGCAGGGUACCAAAACUCCAAGGCCCAUUCAUCUUCGAGCUUGCCCCGGACGACUCUGAUAAUGACCUCGACACUCUCCUGAGUGACAUAUUCGUCAUUGGGGCUAAAAUUGACGCAGAUGCGCUAAUGGAUGGCGAGGACGCUGAACUGGACUUUGAUGAGGUUGAUCAGGAGGGGCUUUCAAUCGGCGUCAUUUGCCUUGCCAGCAGUAGUGGGCGGGUCUCCAUAUGUCUAGAUGUCGAUGGUGUUGAAGCCCAGUGGCUGCCCAUUCGCAAAUCCAAGCAGCUGCUGUUUCCCCAGCAGACUACCCCACCAUCGCUCUUAACGUAUCAAGUCCUGGAUACGCUCCGAUCCAAAGAAAAUAGGGAGGACAACUGGCCUAUGUUUAGCGAAGACGUGGCGUCGAGGUACUCCUUCUUCGUCACGAACUGGUCCAACGUUACAUUCAUUUCGCUCUCGGCGUGGGUCUUCAGACUUGAAAGCGAUUUACAAAAUGGUCCGGCUGCAGGGAUCGAUUUCCGCCUUGAUCUCCUUGCAAAGGGCGAAAACUUCAUCCGCGAUCGCCUUAUUUCUAAUAAUUCCCAAGGCGACGAGUCAUUGCCUGCUUUGGCUGCCUGCACAAGCAUCAGGGACCCGGAUUUAGGCUACUUUCUCCUGACCAACUCUUCUCAUGGUCCUAUAAGUCUGACAUUAGCCACUCCUGAGGACUCAUUCAACAUGCGGCGACUUAUCACGGACUCGCCUUCUAACGAGGAUUCCGAGUCGCCUGAUCAGCCUUUGCUUUUGUGCCCACCAAGACCAGUCUAUGAACCCCCUGCGGCUUUCACGGCUCCCUCUAACCUCCCAGAGUGGCACGACAAUCUCCGACACAGCAAAAAUAAGAGGCUACUUCACGAGCCUAUCCGACUCUCACCAGCAACAUUGACCAUAUUUGCUGAUGCCCACAAGAUCAUGAGCGAAGAGACUCACCGAAUUAAUGGUGCAGCAGCUGAGCUAUUCCGCCGCUGUGAAAAGUUGCAAGUUGAUCUGAAGGAACAGAUUGCCAAGGCCAACGAAGUCGCGAACAGGAUUGAGCAAGUCAUCGGAGAUGAUAACGAUGUUGACGACAGUUAUGUUGGCGCCAAUCAAAGCAUCGAAGAUCGCAUCGAGAAUGCCAAAGACCGACAACGGGAGCUAGCUGAGCGAGUUGAGAACAUCAAGAAGAAAGUCGGGAGAUCGGUCGUGAGGGAGUUGAGCGACCGCGAGAAGAUUUGGUUCGAGGAGAUCAGCACGCUGAAUAAGAACAUCCUUGGCGCUGAAGAGGGGAAGGACAGCGGUCUUACCGGCGGUAGGAAAAUGGAGUUUUGGAGACGCUUUGAGGAGGUUAAAAGCUUGAAAGAGGGGAUCGUAGAAGAAGUUGCCAAGAUAAGUGAAAAGGAAGGGUCUCGGGCAGCGGAGGCAACCAGGGACGAAGGCGUUCCUACGGAUAUUCGACGAGGAAAGGUCGCUCAGGUCAUGCAACUUAUCGAAAGGGAGACGGCGCUGGUUGAGGGAGUAAAGGGAAGGUUGGAGAGACUAAGCCUAGUGUAGGAUUCUAUGUAUUGAUUACAAGCGUGGGUUUAUUAUGUAGCAAUAUGGCAACUUAUGAUAGAACAUGAC